ACAAAAUUAAAUAAAAAUAAAAUUAUCUCGUUUCGAUGCGGUAUUUUAGAAUUCCUUUAUUAAUCUCAAGUUUAGUCAUUCAAACGCUGUGUAAGAGUUCCUCUGAUUCCUUUUUAUUAAUCCCAACCAUCUCCAAAAAAUUCCAAUUUGUAAUAAUAUUGUCACACGCUUCCCUGAAUCAAAACGCCAUCUCGAUUUCUUACGCUCUCAGAAAAAUUCAGAAAAAAAAAAAAAUUAAAUUCGUAUAAGUUUCGCGAUUUCGGAGCUUUCGGUUUUGAAGAUUCUCAAUUUGAAUUCACCAUGCUUCACAAGAGCUUCAAGCCUGCCAAAUGCAAAACGGCAUUAAAGCUUGCGGUUUCACGGAUAAAGCUAUUGAAGAACAAGAAGGAUGCACAAGUGAAGCAGAUGAGGAGGGAAUUGGCCCAGUUGCUUGAGACUGGUCAGGACCGGACUGCUAGAAUUCGGGUUGAACAUGUGGUCAGAGAAGAGAAGAUAAAGGCAGCAUUCGAACUUAUCGAGAUAUAUUGCGAACUUAUUGCUGCACGCUUGCCUAUGAUUGAGUCGCAAAAAAACUGCCCCAUUGAUCUGAAGGAAGCAAUUGCAAGUGUAGUAUUUGCAUCUCCAAGAUGCGCAGACAUACCAGAACUCAUGGAUAUUCGCAAGCAUUUCACAUCUAAAUAUGGGAAGGAGUUUAUCUCUAACGCUGUUGAAUUGCGCCCGGAUUGUGGUGUCAGUCGCAUGUUAGUGGAGAAGUUAUCUACCAAAUCACCCGAUGGCCCUGCCAAGAUGAAAAUCUUGGCUGCAAUUGCAGAGGAACAUAAUGUCAAAUGGGAUCCUGAAUCCUUUGAAGAGAAAGAGUCCAAGCUUCCAGAGGACUUGCUGAAUGGGCCAAAUACUUUUGCUAGAAUUCCUGAGGAACCUCCUCGUGGCCCACCUCCUCCUAAUCAUGAUGUCAAGGCACCUUCUAGUGUUCAGGCUCCACCUCAAAAUUAUGGGAAUUAUGGUCCACCCACGAACUUUAACAAGCAGAAUGCAAGAUCUGCACCUCACUUCCAGGAUUCUGCUUCUUCAAAUGUUUCUUCCAACAAAGCAACGACAUCUGGCUCAUUUCAUUCAGAAGUGAGAUCUUCAGGAAAUCAAAAUGAUGGGAUGGAAAAUAGACAUUCGUCUCCUGGGGAUGGAAAUUCUUCUUCACCGGGUAGGCAGAGUUGGAACAUGCAUUUUAAGGAUGCUGCUUCUGCAGCUCAGGCAGCUGCUGAAUCAGCAGAAAUGGCAGGCAUGGCUGCCAGAGCAGCUGCUGAACUUUCAAGAAAACACUCUUCAGAAUCAUGGGAUAAAUUUAGCCAGUCAGCUCCCUUGGCAUCUAAUAGAACAUCCACAAAUGAUCCUUCAGUGAAUAGUCACCAAAUGCAAGAUCGACAUCCUGAUGAAGUGUCAGAUCGAUAUCCUCAAAAGAAGUCAUCUGAACCCGAGAAGCAUGACUUUGUAAGUGAAGUGAGUACGACAAGACAGUCCAGCAACACUAACGUGUAUGCAAGUGAGGUGCAAACUGGAAUGAAACCUGAUAAAACUUCUUAUUUGGGUAAUAUGAGAUCAGAAGAGAAAUCAAGUAGACCUUCCCGAUCCAAUCCUAUAGGUAAAUUGAGUGUGAAGAGACAGUCGAGCAACACUGGUGUGGAGUAUGGGAGUGAGAUGCAAACUGGAAACAAACCUGAUAAUGUUGCUUAUUUUGGUGAUAUGAGAUCUGAAGAGAAAUCUAGUUGGCCUUCCUCCCGAUCUAAUUCAAGCAUUGGCAGUGAUGAUCAGGAAGAUGUUUUAAGACGGAGUGACGAUAUUUCUUAUUUGGGAAAUAAGAGGGGUGGAGAACAAUCUGUCUGGUCUUCCUCUCAUUCUCAUGCAAGAGAUUUUAGUAAUGAUCAUGAAAGUGAUUCAAAUGGCUGUGAUGAGGAUUCUUUUGUUAACGAUGUUAAUAUCUUCGAAAGCACAAAGGAAAUAAGUUCUGAUGGAAAUGCUCCUUUGGUUUUUGAUGAAUCUGGUUCAGACGACGAUAAAUGUAAAUUUGAUGUGGAGGACUACAAGGACCAAGAACCCAGUUUGGUUUUUCCUUCUCCUGAUAGAAACUCAUUUUCUCCUUCAGCUAGUUUGGAUCCUUGGAGCUCUAAACAACAGACGCAUGAAGUACAAUUUAAUUCCAGUUCACAACUAAGUUCUUCAUCGGUGAAGCAAUCCCCUCCUGUUUUUUCAGAAAAUUCAACGGGUUCCAUGGACUCUUCACAACCAAAUGACUUGUUGCCUGUUGCUUUUGAUGCGUCAGAUGGCCCAAGUUCAGACAGUGAAGAGGAGGUAGACAAGCUUGCCAAGAGCACAGUUUCUAAAUUUUCCCCUGUGCAGAGCCAAAGUGCAAGUCGUAGGUCAUUUGUAUCUUCAUCCUCGGAGGAGAUAAAUGUGGGUUCUAACAGAAAGCCAGGGUUGCUGCUUUCAUCUCAUAAUUGGGACUCAACUGAAGCAGAUCCCGAGAGAAGCCAAGGAGUCAAAAAUAGAAUCGUCCCGGAGGAAAGGUAUGAUUUUGAUGAAUUGCCUACUGGUCAGCCAUCUGUAAGGCUAAGGAAAUCUGGAAUAGAUUCAAAUGCCAGGGACGAUUUUCAAACGACACAUUUGCAUCAAACUAUGAAAGAUAGUGAGGUUUCAGAUGGAUGUAGUUGUGUAAGUGACACUGACAAUGAGCUGAGCUUAGGGAUGUUGACAGGUGGGCUACGAAAUAAGGGUUUAAGGCAUCCACCGUAUACAAAGAAACUACCAGGAAACUUAUUGUCUGUCAAACAAGAUACUGAAGAUACCAAGGUUGAGCAACCUUCCUUCUUUCCAUCAGUCAGGACUUCUGUUGUCUCUGAAAGGGAGCAAGGGAGCAACAAACUGAUAAAGGAACGGAGCACGAGAACCCCCGUCUCAUAUGUGGCUUCUGAUGAUGAUUCUUCUGAGGAUGAAUUGUCACACGGAACUGCUAGAAGUAGCCAAGACUCAUUCAAUAAAAAAUUGGGAUCCGAAGUAAAGGCAAGCUCCAAAUCCACGUUUUCUUUCUUUGAUUCAGAGGAUAGUGAACCGGAGGAAGAUCUUCUUACAAAGAUUUCCACCAGCAAUGCUCGUCCAAAUGCUAGACUGUCUAGAAGAACACAGCCGUCUUCUUCAAAUUCUGUUAGAAGCUCUAGCUCAAAGACAACAAUUGUGUCUGACGUGUCAGGGACUUCAGAGUAUGGAAAACCCUCUUCAAGGAGUUCAUAUGACACUGAAACUGUACUAAAGCCCUCAUCCCAGAUCAAGAGCCCAAAGCAGGAGUGGAAUAUACCUGUAGAACAAGUUGCUCCUAAACCAGUACGAGAAUCCAAGAGGACAUCACCUGUAGAGACUUCAAAUUCAAACAGAAACUCCAUUUCAAGGAGUUCCAAUGCCACUGAAACUUUACCAAAGUCCUUGUCCCAGACGAAGAGCUCAGAUCGUCCAGGAAGUCAGGAGUGGCAUAAACCGGUAGAACAAGCAGCUCCUAAACCAAUGCCAGAGUCCAAGAGAUCCUCACUUGUGGAGACUUCAAAGUCAUAUGGAAACCCCUUGUCAAGAAGCUCCUAUGCCGCUGAAAGUCUACCAAAGCCCUCCUCGCAGACCAGGAGCUCAGAGCGUCCAGGAAGUCAGGAGUGGCAUAGACCAGCAGAACAAGCAGCUCCUAAACCAAUUCGAGAAUCCAAGAGUCCUUCACCUGAAGAUGUAGAGACUUCUAAGUCAUAUGGAAACCCUUCUUCAAGAAGUGCAUAUGCUUCUGAGACCCUACCAAAUCCCUCGUCACAGACCAAGAGUUCAGAGCGCCCAGGAAGACAGGUAGAACAAGCAGCGCCUAAACCAGUUUCGGAAUCCAAGAGGCCCUCCUCCCAUGUAGAGACCUCAAAGCCAUUUGCAAGGGAGCAAUCAUCUGAAAAUUCUCGAAAGAUCGAAACAUCAAAGUCCUCAGGUUCUACAGAGAGUCCACCAAAGGAGAAAGUUUCUCAUGUUCACCCAAAGCUUCCCGACUCUGAUGACAUAAUCGCCAGGUUUAUGGCUCUCCGGCAGAAUCGACAGUAAACAUAGUUAUUACCACAUACGUAUAUAGGAUACAUUUUCAUGUGAUUAUAUCAGGGUUUGUUAUUCUUUGAUAUGCUUGAAUUUUGUAUGAUCGUCAAGUAAAGCCUUGAUAGCUGUAUCGUUACUUCGCGUCGAAAUUGAGUCUUAUAUUUUCCAGACCAUUGCAAAUAUGAUGAGAUUACAUUUGUUAAAGAGUUCUGUAAUAAAAUACAUAUAGGUUUUGUCCCCUAAU